UUUGAUUGUUUUAUUUUAGGUUUGAGACAGGCGCAUAAAAUCAUGGUUCAACUCCUCCUCUACAUAUCUAUGGGGUGGAUAUUAGGGCAAGCAACUGGCUUCCGCGCCCCUCAACCUUACCGCCUUGAUGGGAGUGUUGUACCGUACCAUUACGAUCUGUUCCUCGAGGUCAACUUGGAUCCAACUGGCCUUCAUGACGAAAAAGAUUAUUUUAAAUUCAGGGGAUAUGUGAAAAUUAAGAUGGCAUGCAAAGAAACAACGAACAAGAUCGUGCUCCACGCCAGGAAUCUGACCAUAUUCCAGUCUUAUGUGAGGUUGAAUGAGCUGUCAAGUUCAGGACUUGAGUCGAAUCGCAUCAUGAUUUCCGAUCACUCGCACAAUCUGGAAUACGAGCAGCUCAUCGUAGAGACCGAAAACGAAUUGGCGGCUGGCAAAAACUAUUCAUAUAAACUACCUUUCUUCGGCAAGCUCAGGAAAGAUCGCAUGGGGCUUUAUCGAGCAUUUUACCGAGAUUCAAAUAACGUCACAAGGCCAAUGGCGGUGACCCAGUUCGAGCCAACCUAUGCAAGAAGAGCGUUUCCUUGUUUCGACGAGCCGCACAUGAAAGCAACAUUCGCAUUAACCAUCCAACAUUGUAGCAAGUACACAGCUCUGAGUAACAUGCCAUUAGUGGAUCAAGUUCCCGUGAGGGGUAAGGUAGAUUGGGUCCGCGACAGAUUCGCCGAGUCGCUUCCGAUGUCAACGUACCUGGUCGCUUUCGUUGUAUCGGAUUUCGCCCACGACGAGAUCGUGCGAAGCAAGUCGGGGGUCGAGAUCCGGGUCUGGGCGCGUCCAAAUCACGUCGAACGGAACUCGACCAAGUUCGCCAGCAACUACGCUCCCAAAGUGCUGGAUUAUCUCGAGAAAUACUUCGAUAUGAAGUACCCGCUGCCCAAGCUGGACAUGGUCGCUAUCCCCCCGAAAUAUUUCCCGGUCGGUGGCAUGGAAAAUUGGGGACUCGUCACAUUCUCUGAAUCGAGUUUUCUUCUUGAAGAAAGUGCUACGAAGGUUUGGCGUGUCGCUUCCAUCAUUACGCACGAGAUCGCGCACCAGUGGGUUGGGAACUUGGUCACGAUGAAAUGGUGGUCUGACUUGUGGCUCAACGAAGGACUUGCAUCGUACUUCCAUAUUUUUGCUACAGAUGCGAUGAAUCCAGAGUGGAAUGUCCAAAUGCAAUCGCAAAUUGAGGAUUUGACAACCACGUGGCAGAAACCGAGUCCUGUUGUAGCUUCAGUUUCGCGUCCUGAAGAUUUUAUCGGAUUAUUCGGCCCCGAACGCUACAAAAAAGGCAUGUUCAUGAUCCGUAUGAUUGGUCAUUUUCUGGGCACGGAGAUCCUUCGAGCCGGCCUGAUGCAUUACAUAAAGAGACACCAAUACGGGAACGUGGUGCAGGACGACUUGUGGACAGCCCUGACCGAGGUAGCACAUGAGAAUGGAGUUUUGGAUCCAAAAACUUCCGUCAAAACGAUCAUGGACCCGUGGACCACUCAAACCGGGUACCCAGUGCUUGACGUUAAAAAGAACUCGAAUGGAACUCUCACACUCUCCCAGCGUAUGUUUGACCCAAAAUGUGUACCCUCCAAGACGACUGCGAAAAAUGGGUCAACUUAUUGGCCAAUUCCAAUCACUUACACGACAGGGAAAAUUGCCGAUUUUUCAAACACCAAACCAGAGCAAUGGCUGACCGGAGAACAAAGCCCCAUGAUCUCGGAUAUCAAAGUUGCAGAUCGUGACUGGAUAGUUUUCAACCUCCAAGUUGCAGCCUUAUACAAAGUGAACUACUACGAGGAAAACUGGGAAUUGCUGAAGGGUGCGCUGGAAACGAGGGAAACCCGAGAGAAAAUCCACCCUCUGAACCGGGAGCAAAUAUACCGGGACGCGCUUGACUUUGGCUGGUCGCAAGAAUUGGAUUACAAGUUGGUCUUCUCCCUCUGCGCGAGUCUUCGACACGAAACGGACUACUUGCCUCUGAGCGGGGCACUUGCCAGCCUCCGACAACUCGACCUUGUUCUUCGCCGAUCUCCCAAUCAUGCCUAUUUCAAGAACUACCUGCAGAAGCUGAUGAAUCCAAUCGUCAAAGAAUCCGGAUCUCUAGCAGAGACUCCAAUUGAGGCUCGGACUAUUGAGAAGCAGAGUCUCAUGGCGGAAGUUGCAACUCACUUCAAAAUUGGGAACUAUGAAAGGCAGGCUCUGUAUCUUUUUGCGAACUGGAGCAGCAGCCUCACUCCCGACUCCGUGAUCCCGAUCCCAAGGAAUGUUUUAAGACAAGUUUGCUGCAUUGCUCUCAAGAAAGGAGGCGCUGAGGUGUGGGGCUUCCUCUGGGAAAGAUACCGGAAUUCCGAGUCGGCGCCCUUGAAGUCGAUUAUUCUCUCAUCCUUAACCUGCUCUAACAAAGUAGGGGACCUUGAACAAUAUCUGGAAUGGGUAUACAAUAGGACUUCUGAAGUUCGCCCCCCGGAAUCUUUGACACUCUUCGAGGCAGUGGCCGACAACGAAGUGGGUUUCGACGUCGCCAAAGACUUCUUCAUGAAGCGUGUGUCAGAUAUUUUUGCGUAUCAUGGAGCCAAGAAAAGCGAAAUGGGGCGGUAUGUCGAAAUUCUGGCGGACCAAAUGGUCACAUCGGCUGAGUAUGACGAAAUGAAAGCUUUCAUCGAAAAAUACGACGGUUUUUUCAAAUCCUCCGAGCCGGCGGUCCAAAGGGCCUUGGAUAAGAUCGAUACAAACAUCGGAUGGCAUUCUGUGCACUGUGGUAAAUUAGUCGAGUACCUUGCGCCGGUCCUUCAAAGUUUAUAAAGUGUUCUAAGAAUUUUGUUGUCUCAGGAACAUAACCUUAAAUCGUCGCCCCUCUGAUGUAAGGACGUAUCUUAGUUUUUACGUGAGCCCUGUUUUACGUAUCAAUCCAAGCUCUCUGGGGCUCAUGCGCAAAUUAAAAAACCGCCCUUGCGUCAGAGGGGCUAUAAAAUGUGACUUUUCGCAGGAAAAGAGGCCUUUUGAAGGUCCACGAAAUCAGUUCUGUGCUCAAUUUAAGGUAGGUUGAUAUGAAACGAAAAGAACACGUGAAGGAUUGGUAAUUUCAGUGAAAUACUUCAAGAAAGAUUGGUAAUUUAAGCGAAAUACUUCAUGAAAGAUUGGUAAUUUUAGUGAAAUACUUCAUGAAAAAUUGGUAAUUUUAGUGAAAUACUGCAUGAAAGAUUGGUAAUUUAAGCGAAAUACUUCAUGAAAGAUUGGUAAUUUUAGCAAAAUACUUCAUGAAAGAUUGGUAAUUUUAGCGAAAUACUUCAUGAAAUUUCACGACUACGUGGAACUGUCGAAAAUUAUGAAACAUUUCUUUCAGGUGCGGGGACGCCACACACCGGAAAAACCGCCAAACAAAACCAGAAAAGUCCAAAAAUUUUCAUCUAACUCAGAAUUUGUAUUUCUCUCUAUCUUGUUUGAGGAACAUGCAUGAUAUAUAAACUAGAAAAACUAGUCUUUAAAUGAUUUCAA